CAGGUGCUCCGCGCAUCCUGCCGUGCAGAGGCCUCUCAAACACGUAGUCUGCUUUCGCAGGCUCUCGUUCCAAAAUGCUGUCCCACGCCGCGCGAACGGCCUGCAGAAACGCUACCCUCCGUGGCACCCGGAGAGCGAUGUCCACCGUCAUGGAAGAGUCUUCGUCGUCGAAUCCAGUACUAUCGAACACCGAUGUGGGCGCACACAGGAUCGACUCCACGAAGCAACCGGUUUUGUACAUCCGCCCCUGGGACGGUAUCACGUCCACUCCGCAGGCAUAUGCUAUUCUGCGAGCUAUCGAACGGAGAUAUGGGAGGCUAAAGCAUUACACAUUCCGGAGGGACCAUGAAGCCAGUGACAUGUACCAGCCGUACUUCUUCGCCGAGUUCGAAAGCGGUGAGUCGCUGGAGAUGCUCCCGCUGGGUCGCCAGACCAUACAACUCGAAAUUCCCAUCUAUGAUCGGACGCCUUCGGGAGGUAUUGGUCUCCAAGACCUUCGAGGCUUGCUUCGCCCGGAGAACAGACUCGAAGGGGAGUUAGUGCCGGAAGCUAGUGUCAUCACUCGAAUGGCGGCGGAAACCGCGAGCAAGUCCGACGCGGUUGAGGAGAAGCCAACGACGCGUGUCGUUGACGUCUGGAUCGAGCGAAGUGAUCGGAAAAAACCUGCCGUGUUCACGACAUUCAGCCUCACCAAAUACAAACGGAAUAUGGUCUGCAAGGCUUUCGCAGAAUGGGGCGGCUUCUAUGAACCGCCCUUGCCACCGCAACCUCAGUCUGAAGAGGACCGUCUGUUCAGCCCGCCACCGCCUCCUCCGAAGCCUGAAGUCAAGCGCAAGUACAUGGACGCCGUCCUCUCAGAGUGGCUUCCCAAAAUUGAAGCCGAACGGAGGGAGCUCGAGGCUCUCAGAAAAGAAGUGACUAGCCAGGCUGAGCUUGAAGCUUUCAUUGCGGCGCAAGAGCCAGCUGAGACCGAUGUUCCUGAGGACGCUUCAACGCAUGUGGUCGAGGCGGCUCCUGAACCAGAACCAGAACCUGAGCUGGAGCCGGAGUUGGAGCCGGAGCCAGCGAAGCCAGUGCAGCCGCGCAUAGGGAAGAAGCGUGAGCGACUACUGACGCUUGCCCGUCAAAACGCUCGCACACCUCUACCGGAAACCCUCAAGCCGCUUAGCCUGGAGCAGCGAGAGCGAAAGAAGUUGGAGAAAGAGCAGAAGUCCGCGGAUGAGGAACAGAUAAAGAGCACAGUCCGGGAACGGCUGUGGAAGCUCAUGGGUGGCAAGUGGCUGUGAGGUUCCUAGAGGCUCGUACUCGUAUAAAUUUGCUUUAAUGAGACAUGCACGCGAGGGAGGGAGAUUGAUGAGCUCGCUGAG